CGUGGCUUUUUGCGCAGCCGGCUGGCUUUUCCCGGCAGAAGCACAAGGACGCCGGACCAUGGCGAGUAGCGAGCCCUCGAUCGGCGGCGCCCGGCGGCCGCUGCACUCGGCGCAAGCCGUAGACGUGGCCUCGGCCUCCAAUUUUCGGGCCUUCGAGAUGCUGCACUUGCAUUUGGACCUGCGGGUGGAGUUCGGGCCGCCGGGGCCGGGCCCGGGAAGCCGGGAGCUUAGCGGCUCAGUGACCCUGAAGCUGCGCUGCCUGGUGCCCGAUGGCGCCACCGAGUUGCUGCUCGACUCGCACCCGUGCCUCGAGGUGACGGCGGCGACGCUGCGGCGGGAGCGGCCCGCCUCCGAAGAGCCACCCGAGGAGCCCGUGCCCUUCCACACGCGGCCCUUCUCGCACUACGGCCAGGUCCUGUGCGUGGCCUUCCCGCAACCCUGCCGCGCUGGCGAGCACCUCCAGGUGCUGCUCACCUACCGCGUCGGGGAGGGACCUGGGGUUUGCUGGCUGACUCCUGAGCAGACAGCAGGAAAGAAGAAGCCCUUUGUCUAUACCCAAGGUCAAGCUGUGCUAAACCGAGCCUUCUUCCCUUGCUUCGACACUCCUGCAGUGAAAUACAAAUAUUCAGCCCUUAUUGAGGUCCCAGAUGGCUUCACAGCUGUGAUGAGUGCCAACACCUGGGAGAAGAGAGGUCCAAAUAAGUUCUUCUUCCAGAUGUGUCAGCCCAUCCCCUCCUAUCUGAUAGCUUUGGCCGUCGGAGAUCUGGUUUCAGCUGAAGUUGGACCCAGGAGCCGUGUGUGGGCUGAGCCCUGCCUGAUUGAGGCUGCCAAGGAGGAGUACAAUGGGGUGAUAGAAGAAUUUUUGGCAACCGGAGAGAAGCUUUUCGGACCCUACGUCUGGGGAAGGUAUGACGUGCUUUUCAUGCCGCCAUCCUUUCCAUUUGGAGGAAUGGAGAACCCUUGUCUGACCUUUGUCACCCCCUGCCUGCUGGCAGGGGAUCGCUCCUUGGCCGACGUCAUCAUCCAUGAGAUCUCCCACAGUUGGUUUGGGAACCUGGUCACCAAUGCCAACUGGGGCGAAUUCUGGCUCAAUGAGGGCUUCACCAUGUAUGCCCAGAGGAGGAUCUCCACGACGCUGUUUGGGGCUGCUUACACCUGCUUGGAAGCUGCUGCGGGGCGGGCUCUGCUGCGGCAGCACAUGGACAUCACUGGCGAGGAUCACCCACUCAACAAGCUCCGAGUGAAGAUCGAACCAGGUGUUGACCCAGAUGACACCUAUAACGAAACCCCCUACGAGAAAGGCUUCUGCUUUGUCUCCUACCUGGCCCACUUGGUGGGUGAUCAGGAUCAGUUUGACAAUUUUCUUAAGGCCUAUGUUGAUGAAUUUAAAUUCCAAAGUAUCUUAGCUGAUGACUUUCUGGAAUUCUACUUGGACUAUUUCCCUGAGCUAAAGAAAAGGAAAGUGGAUUCCAUUCCAGGUUUUGAGUUUGAUCGAUGGCUGAAUACCCCUGGCUGGCCCCCCUACCUCCCUGACCUCUCCGCUGGGGACUCACUCAUGAAGCCUGCUGAAGAGCUGGCCCAGCUCUGGGUGACCAAGGAGCUGGACAUGAAGGCCAUCAACGCUGUGGCCAUCUCUCCCUGGAAGACCUACCAGCUGGUCUACUUCCUAGAUAAGAUCCUCCAGAAGUCCCCUCUCCCUCCGGGGAACGUGAAAAAACUUGGAGAGACAUACCCAAACAUCUCAAACGCCCGGAAUGCAGAGCUAAGGCUGCGAUGGGGCCAAAUUGUCCUCAAGAAUGACCACCAGGAGGAUUUCUGGAAAGUGAGAGAGUUCCUACAGAGCCAGGGGAAGCAGAAGUACACCCUUCCACUGUACCACGCGAUGGUGAGUGGCAGUGAGGUGGCCCGGGCUCUCGCCAAGGAGACCUUUGCCUCCACUGCCUCCCAGCUCCACAGCAACGUGGUCAACUACAUCCGGCAGAUCCUGGAGCCCAAGGGCAGUUAGAGGCUCAGGGCAGGGCCUCCACCUCUUCAGCCUUCACGAGCUGUCAGAGUAUUGUUUGUUCCCAACUUCCAGUUCUCCAAUCAACUUCCUGAAGUUUAUAUCCUCUCAGGAUAAUCUGUUCUCUGGGCUUAGGUGUCUGUGUCUCUUGGGCCCUUGCUGUGGUGAGCACUUCUCUGGAACGCUGAGGCCUGACACCAGAGAACUUCCCAGGGCUCUCCUCAGUACACCAGCAGGCUGCUGGCUGGGGUCGGGGCAGUCUUCUCCCGCCUCCCCACUUAGGUCUGCAGAGAGAAUUUUAUUAUUUCUUUUUUGCUGCUUCUUCAGGUACUACGCAAAGGGCUGGCAUUCUGGUAAUUCUUUUUUAUGUUUGAUCUUUAUUUUAAUAAACGUUUUUAAGUGGAAAGUAUUUAAGUU